GGGUGGGAUGGGGACGAGGAGAUGAUGGGCGUUGCGGAUCGGAUUGUGAUGGAGCGGGCGCGGGUGCGUAGGGUGGAGUUGCAGGAGGAGGAGAGGAUCGAAGAGGAGAUGGUGAGGGAGGAGGAGGAGCGUCAGAGGGAGGAGAGGGAGGAGAAGAAGAGGCGGGAGCAGGAGGAGAGGGAGAGGGAGGAAGAGAGGAAGAAGGAGAAAGCUAAGGAGGGCAGGGAGGAACGCGCGAGGAGGAGGCGGGAGGGAGGGGCGGCAACGGACACAGACGGUGACGCGAUGGCGACGGACACGAGCGAAGCUGAGAAGCCGCCGCAGCGCGCGGGUCCGCCCAAGCCCAGGCUCAAGACGAUGUCGAAGCAGUCUGUUAUCUCGAUUCAGUCCUCCGAGCCAGGACCUUCGCAGCAGAAGCAGAAGAGGGUCGCAUCCCGUGCGCCGAGUACAGCCGGUUCCGAGAGCGAGACGAAGCGGGCUUCGACGUCGAGGGAUGGCUCAAUUUCAAAGGAGAAGAAGAAGAAGAAAUUGAUAUCAGAACAAACGAUUGACCUGUCGAGCGCGUCAGAGAUGGAUAUAUCCGCUGACGAGCUUGCGGACGCGCGACGCACGGUGCGCAAGCCUCGAAGGCCACAGCCCGUGCAGAGGAGCGUCGUCGGUCGCGGAGGUUCAAGGGCAGCGAUGGACGACGGUGAAGACGGUAACUACCUUUCGAAUAUCACCAAUCGCAAGGAUCGCCAGGACACUGGUCCCCUGACAGACGAGGACGUUCAAGACGAUUUCUUUACGUCCAUCGCAAAGGCGUCGGAGGGAGACGACCAAGGCGAGCAGACACCUCGAGCGAAGAGAGGCGCCCCCAUCCCAAUUCCUGGAGCUGGCUCGAAAGGGCUCAAGCCGCUGGACAUGGCUAGGUUGCGGGCGGUCAAGGGAAACAACGGUGGGCAGUCUAGCCGAGCUUCCAGUGACCAUGACCACAUGAGCGAGGCAUCCGCUCAGCCACGCAGAAAACGUCGAGAGGAUUGGCUGUUUUCUUCUUCAGAUGCUGAGGAGUCGAUUUGAUCUCGUCCUAUAGAUGCUACCAGUAAAGCUCGGUAAUGCGUUGUUGACUUGUUUGUUGACUUGUGUACAGUAGAGCUACUUUAGAGCAGGUGUAAUUGUGCUGACGUGAUGAAUAGCCC